GCAGUAAACUACGCUACUUUAAGGUUUGACUUGAGGUCUGAGGAUGCUCUCUGUCUCUGCAAAAUGCAAUCCAAUCCAAAACAAAACUGAGUCAUUUUCUUGUUUGUGCAAAGAAAAAGGAGAAAGAAAUGGAGGCAGAGCAUCAUCAAGAUGCCUCAAUCGCUAUCGGAAGCCUUUACGUUAAAGUGAUGACCGACGAACAAAUGGAACUGCUGAGGCAACAGAUAUCUGUCUACGCCACCAUCUGCGAACAGCUUGUUGAGAUGCACAAAGCAAUCACCACUCAACAGGACCUCGCAGGACUGAGGCUGGGUAAUUUGUACUGUGAUCCGUUGAUGGCGUGUUCUGGACACAAGAUAACUGCGAGGCAGCGUUGGACUCCAACGCCUCUGCAACUUCAAAUUCUGGAGCGAAUUUUUGAUGAGGGAAAUGGCACUCCAAGCAAGCAGAAGAUCAAGGAGAUAACAAUUGAACUGGGGCAACAUGGUCAAAUAUCAGAGACAAAUGUGUAUAACUGGUUCCAGAACAGAAGGGCUCGUUCAAAGAGGAAGCAACUCGCUCCCGCAGCAAAUGUUGCAGAGCCAGAAACCGAGACGGAAGUCGAUUCUCCGAGAGAGAAAAAGAUACGCGCCGCCGAGAGCGUUCAGGUUGUUCAACCCUUUGAGAAUUCAUCACCUCAUAGGAUCAAGGACAUGUACAUCCACAGUCCUGACUUAGGAUUUGAGCAAUUGAUGAGUAAAAUAGAUGUUGCAGGCUGCUACGGCUCUUAUUUUCUUUGACAAAAUCUGUGGAAUGCAUGGGUUCAAGAUAUUUCAUAUAUAACAUUAGUUAUUUCAUGUUAUUUUAAAUAUCAGUAUAGUUUACUUAUAAUGACACCUGGCAAGAAGAGAUAAUUAUUCCUUCUUCAUGGAAUCAGAAUUUAGUAAUUAUUCCGUC